AUGAAUGCGUCCAGAAGGAAUGACCACAACCUCCAAUCUUCAUCAUCAUCCUCUUCCAACAAGUCAUUGCCGACUUCUCAACAACAUGAAGCGAUGAAUAAUCGUGAAGAGAAGGAACCAACAAGUAGUAGUGCAACAUUACCUUCAGAACAUGCAGAAGAAGAACCUAUUGUUGAUGAUUCUCCGAUCAAGUUUUAUGAUAGUCUCUUUUAUGAUGAUGUCGAGUCAAGAUUGUGGGAAAACGACUCGUCCUAUCUGGUUGCUGUUUCUCCUAAAAUAUUUGAAAAUAAUAGAAUUCGUUUGAAGGUCAUUCUUGGUUAUCGAGUGCAAUCUGUAGUUCAUGCUUUACCUUCACCCGUGGAGAGUGAUGCAGCGGCUGUUUCCGGUCAUUUACUUCCCUAUGAUCGAUAUAAUAGGAGGAGACUUUAUCAAUCGUAUUAUACUCGAGAACGAUUAAGAAACAUGUCACCAGAAGAAUUUAAUCAAUUACCAGAACAUCAACAACGAAGAAUUCUAAAAGAAAGAUUUCAAGCAAGAAGAUUAGAACAACGAAGAGGUUUGAAGGAUUCAUUGGUGGAAAAUGAUCGAUAUGGAAAUUAUUUAGGAGGUGGAGGUUCUUUUUACUCUUGGAAUAAUUUCAUGUAUUGGGCGAGCAGAAAUUUGGAACAACUUGGAUGGAAGAGCUUAUUGGGAGUGGUUGCUUUUGUUUUUGGAUUAUAUCGAGCAACAACCGCACGAUGA